AUGCGCCAUCUACCAACCAAACCUCCGUCGAUUGCAGGGACUCCAAUCCGCGGCAUCACCACAAAUAUUUCCACCUCCUACUCCUCACUAGACUCCAUCACACCUCUGCCGCCCCCGAGUUCCCAUAGCAAUAAAAGCAGACCUGGCGACCUGAGUUAUGACGCGGACGGGGUUAAGCACGACGGACUCGAAAACCCUCCGCAUAUACUACGGCGUCCUAGCCGCGCCGAAUCCCACCCCCAUGUAGAGGAGGAGGUCGGGUGCCUGUCAAGGGUGCAUUCCAGCCUUCCCUACGCUAUAGCGCACUUUCUGGGUCAUCGGAGAACGCCCCCGGCCCGCGUCCAUCCGAUCUUGGAUCUAUUUUGGGCGUUCGUGGGCAUCGUGUGCUCGAUUAGCCUGAUUGCCGUGUUGACGCAGCAUAUCCCCAUGUUUGUCGAGAAUGGGGCUCCCGUGAUUGUAGCUAGCUUCGGUGCGGCAGCCGUCCUAGAAUUCCAAGCCAUCCAAUCCCCCUUCGCGCAGCCCCGAAACAUCAUCUGCUCCCAAAUCAUCGCCUCCAUCCUCGGCGUCAGCAUGUCCAAACUCUUCGGCAUGCUCCCGAACCACCACUCCGUCCGCUUCAUCGGCGGUGCCCUCUCAUGCGCCGUCGCCACGGUGCUGAUGGGCAUCACCGGCACCGUUCACCCCCCGGCCGGCGCCACGGCCCUCAUAGCGGUGGUCGAUGAGAAUUGCAUCAAGCUGGGGUGGUAUUUCGUCCCGCUUGUACUUUUAAGCUGCAUCCUCAUGUUCACAGUGGCUCUGCUCAUUAAUAAUAUCCAGAAACAGUAUCCUGUUUACUGGUGGUCGCCGAAGAAGCAGGCCGAGGCGAUCCUUCCGAAGAAUCGAGAUUCGAAUUUCUUUAAUGCAUCUGCGAUAGAGUUUGGGGAGAUGUCUCAGGUGCCAAAAGCAUCACAUCGUUGA